UUUUUUUCUUUUUUUUUUUUGAAAAAGAAGAAAAAAAAUAGAAUGGGAAAUACAGCAAGUAUUGAAGAUGCGGGACCAAAGCAUCUUUCUUAUUUGAAAUCAAGACGGCAAAGUAAUCGAUCUAUAAUGUCAGCAAAGCAACUCAAUUCAGCCUCUUCUAAUAAUAAUGAUCUUGUAAUUUGGCCCUCUCGGAGAACUGCAAAAAGUAACAGUUCUUUAUCUUUUUUAUCAGAAGGUCAACAACAGAGUCACCAUCAUGGAAUUAUAAGUCGACUAAAGAAUAAAGCAACAGGACAUAAAAAUCAUCAUAAAGGUGGUAGUGGUAAUGGUAAUGGUAAUGGUAGUAGUCAUAGUAUAAAUAGUACAAGUUCAACAGCUACCGCAGUCACAACAAAGCAUCAUCUUAUCCCAUAUCAAUUCGAUUCCUCUAUAGACGAUCUUAUGGCUAACUUAACAGUAGAUAGUUCAACUUCGACUCUUUUAUAUACUACUUCACCUCAGUCUAAUCAACGUCAGGAAAUACCGAUCAUUGAAAAAUACACAGAUAGUCAAAUGUCAUUAUUCUUUAAUCAUACCAAAGAUACCAUUCAUCAUCAUCAUCAGCCGCAGGACGGUGCAGAAUCUAUUUAUAAUGAAAGUGAUAUUAUUUCGACUCAUGCCAUCAUUGACAGUAAUACAACUUGUCAUGAAGAUCAAUCUGGACCGUAUUCAAGUGAGUUAUUAUUAAAAGAGUUAUUUAUGUUAUAUGAAACAAGUCCUGAAAGAAGAAGAGAUCGAGACAGGAGACAUAGACAGCAUUAUUUAUUAAAAAGGACUUGGGGAAGUAAUUAUAAAAUACCUUUAAAAGAUCCAUCACUUAUUAUUCAUUGGUGCUGUGCAACAGCUGUUUGGGAUGUAGAACUGGCUUUUGAAUUUCCAAAUGCUAAAGUUAUCGGUAUUGAUUAUCAAUCAGCUACAGUUUCUAGUCUAACAGAUACUGUCAAUAAUUUUUCAUUUCAUAAUGCAAUCAUUCAUGAAGGAGAGUCAGGAUUAAAUGAUUUUAAAGAUAAUGAAGUAGAUUAUAUUAUGAUGAGAGAUGUUUCGAUUGUAAAUGCUCCUUCUUCAAAAUGGACUCAACUCUUUAAAGAAAUUUAUCGUAUAUUAAAACCUGGUGGAUAUAUUGAGAUUUAUGAACAAGAUGCUAAUUUUGAAUCAAUGGGACCGAAUUUAACUCUCUUGGAACAAUGGGCAGAUCGAGUUUAUGAAGCAAUCCAAUUUGAUCGUCAGACAAAUAAGGAUCUAGGUCUAUUUUUAAGGGAUGCUGGUUAUGUGAAUGUUAAGGAAGAAUCUAUUCAACUGCCUAUUGGUGAAUGGCCAGAAUCGAAAGAAUUAAGAGAAACAGGCUAUCUUUUAAAAGACUUAACAGAACGUAGAUUUAGAGAAGCAAAACGUUGGUGUUGUAAAUUUAAUCAUAUUACUGAAAAAGAAUAUUUAACAGUAGUAAGUAAAGCGAUUGAUGAAUGUGAUGACUAUAAUACAACUGUCUAUAGCCUUUAUUACAGUGCUCAAAAGCCUUAUUAAAGAUUAUUACGUAACAUAACAUCAUAGACAACUUUCUUCUAUAAAAUGAAUAAAUUAGACUUUUUUUUGUGGGUGUAUUAAAUAAAGAUUUAUGCGGAUUAAAUACCAGCAAUAGCAAUCUCAUCUUAAUUGGAUCUAACCAAUAAUAAGCUUUCAUCUUUAAAAUAAGCAUAAAAUAAAAUAAACCCAUCAAAUCCCUUUCCCA